GCAAUCUUUCCUGAACUGUACACGUACAACCAAAGCGACAGCGUUGCCCAGCUCGGCUGUGUGCACUGAGCUGUGGCUGAGACCCAGGGUGUUCAACUGAACAGAUCCGCUGCUUCAACCCCCCGGUUGUGGGGAGGGCACAGAAGCAGCCUACCAUGUCAAUAAGACGGAUCUUGUCACUGAGAAAGUGGAUUCCGUUGCAGACUUCAGCAGAAGGAGUUUGGUCGUGUCAACGUGUGGGGUGUCGUCUGCUGGCAGAUCCUGAUUGCAGCCGUAUAUUGUCACGGAAUUUCACUGUAAGCUGUUUAAAAUAUGCUAAGGCUCGAGGAGUUCGGAAGAAGAAGCAGCUUUCUGAAAAGAAACGGACUCGGUACUUUGUGGAUCAGCAAAGGGUCACAGUGACAGGUGGGAAAGGUGGUGAUGGAACAUGCGCUUUCCACAGUGAACCCCGCAAAGAGUUUGGAGGACCUGAUGGUGGAAAUGGAGGGGAUGGAGGUCACGUUAUUUUAAAAGUGGCUCAACAAGUGAAAUCACUGCUGGGCAUUAAAUCAUUUUAUCGUGGGAUUGAUGGAGAAGCUGGAGCAAGUAAGAAUUGUUAUGGAAAGAAUGCAGCCCACACUUACUUACUGGUGCCAAUUGGUACGGUGGUCAAGGAAGAUGGGAAGGUAGUCGCCGACCUGUCACGUCACGGUGAAGAGUACGUGGCAUCGUAUGGUGGUCUGGGUGGCAAGGGAAACCGCUUCUUUCUAUCUAAUGAGAACCGUGCACCAAUGUUGGCAACGCCGGGGGAAGAGGGUGAGCAGCAGGUCAUGCAGCUGGAACUCCGGACUAUGGCUCACGGCGGCUUGGUUGGCUUCCCCAAUGCGGGAAAAUCAUCUCUUCUGAGAGCAAUCUCGAAUGCCCGGCCAGCCGUUGCUGAUUAUCUAUUUACAACAUUAACUCCUCGCGUUGGUGUCAUCCAAUAUCAAGACUUCGAGCAGAUCGCAGUUGCAGACAUUCCUGGAAUCAUUAGAGGUGCCCAUGAAAACAAAGGCCUGGGAAUUUCCUUUCUGAAACACAUUGAACGCUGCCGUUUUCUACUAUUUGUGCUCGAUCUGUCAACAGCGGAGCCUUGGCAACAGCUGGAAUGUUUAAAAUAUGAACUGGAGCAGUAUGGGAAAGGAUUGUCGGAGAGACCAUUUUGUGUCAUUGGGAGCAAGAUAGACAUUCCAGAGUCCAAAGCCAAUUUUGUAUUGCUUCAAGAAAAACUAAAGCACGGUAGACUAAUCCCUGUGUCUGCACUUACGGGUGAAAACAUUGAAGAGCUUUUAAUGCAUCUCAGGGAACUAUACGAUGGCUAUCUGGAGAAUACCAAGAUUGAUGGAAGCACACCAGUCAAAUGGUAAAUCACUGGUAUGGGAGUAAAUUAUUAAAUUUGCUUAAAAAUA